AAAAUAACAACAAUUUUCCUCAAAUUACACGCAGGAUUUCUUCGUAUCGCCUUCCUUUGCUUGUCACUGAUAACUCUCCUGUUCAUCACCACCUGAUCAUGGCGGCACCGUCCUCGUCGGCGUCGGUGAACAUCAUGCUAGCAGUUUACGAGAAGAAGACGGUGACGGUUGACCUUUACCGCCCCCUUCGCAACUACAUCGUGAUCAACUACUCCGAGCGCGAGGCUCAGAACCUCGAGGACGACCUCCAAACCCUUAAGCAGCUACGUUCUGAAAUCGAGCGUGGCGCCUCCGACUCUCUAACCGCCCGCCGCGAUCUGCUUCAGAAUUACUUUAAAGCCCUCUGCGCUGUUGAGUCCCGCUUCCCCAUCUCCCCCGAUAAGGAUCAUAUCAAUUCUGUUACCUUUACCUGGUAUGAUGCCUUCAAGACCAGGCAGAAAGCUGCUCAGCAGAACAUCCAUUUAGAAAAAGCGGCAGUUCUAUUUAAUUUGGGGGCCUCUCACAGUCAAAUAGCACUGAGUUUUGAUCGGUCAUCGGUUGAUGGGCGGAGGCAGGCCUCACACUCAUUCAUUGCAGCAGCUGGGGCAUUUGCUUUCUUGAGAGAUAAUGUGGCAAUGAAGGCAUCUAUGGGGAGCUCUACCACGGUGGAUGUGUCGGUGGAGUGUGCCGGGAUGCUAGAAAGACUGAUGCUUGCUCAGGCUCAGGAAUGUGUAUUUGAGAAUACUAUUGCCAAAGGAAGCAGUCCUGGCGUUUGUUCGAAAAUUUCAAGACAGGUUGGGAUCUUUUAUGAGGAAGCUUUGGCAGCUUUAAAUGUUGCACCUCUUAACCAGCACUUUGAGAGAGCAUGGCUGGCUCAUGUUCAGCUUAAGGCAGCUUUGUUUUAUGCUGAGGCUUGCUAUAGGUGUGGUUUAGAGCUCCACGAGAAAGAAGAGAUAGCUGAGGAGAUUGCCAGGUUGAAGAGUGGGAUCAGUGCCUUGUCUGAGGCAAAAAGGACAGCACCAAGAGGGGCAGCACAGCAGUUAUUAGAUGCAAUCAAUAAAUUAGAAGUCAGCCUAAAUCAAAACUUGGAAAUAGCUAUGAAGGAGAACGAUAGAGUCUAUCUUAUGAGGGUUCCUCCCGCCAGUUCAUUAUCUCCUCUUUCUGCAUUUUCGAUGGUCAAGCCUUUGUCCAUGAAUGAGGUGCUGGAUGCAAGCAAGGGGAAGAUGUUUGCAAGUCUUGUUCCUGAUAACAGUGCAAAAUCUCUUUCAAGAUAUACAGAAAUGGUUGAUGAUGUAAUCAGGACUCAAGCUGAGAAACUUCAGCAGGGUAGUGAACUAGCUCGUGUGAGGCUCAAGGAAAUGGACUUGCCUGAUUCAAUUCUUGCCUUGGAGGGAAAUAUCACUCUGCCUACCGCACUGAAAGAAGAAGUAGAGGCAGUACAAAUUUGUGGUGGCCCAGCUGGUUUGGAAGCUGAGCUACAGCAACUCAAAGAUCUAAGUAGGGUAAACCAGGAGCUGUUGGUGCAAACUGAGGAGCUUUUGCAAAAAGAGGCAACAGAAGAUGCGCAAUUUAGGAGCCAAUUUGGAACACGAUGGACUAGGCCUCAAUCUAGUACUCUAACAAAGAACCUGCAGGAUAGGUUAAACAGGUAUGCGGCAAAUUUGAAGCAAGCUGCAGAAAGUGAUGCCAGAAUUGAGCGAUCUGUAAGGGAUCAUGCAGCACUCAUGUCAAUCCUUGACCGCCGUCCAAUUGAAUCUGCACUUCCAUCCCUGGCAAGACCAAUAAUGUCUCUGGAUGCCAAUGAAGAUGCUAUUGUGGGAGUGCUGAAGCAGAGCUUGAGGCAAUUAGAGAAUCUUGGUGCUCAAAGAGCAGGUCUUGAAGACAUGCUGAAAGAGAUGAAGAGGAAGGAUGAUAUCUUGCCUAAGUUGAUGACAUCUACUGGCUCUCAUGAGGAUCUUUUCAGAAAGGAGAUUGGGAAGUAUGAUAAUAUUUGUGAAGAAAUUGCAAAAAAUCUUCAGGCUCAAGAACAACUAUUGAUGCAAAUUCAGGCUCAAAAUGAUGAUUUUGCUGCAAUUUUCAAUCUUGAAGAUUAUAAAGCAUCCCGGGAGAAAAUGUACAAGCAGAUUGAAGCUGCCAUAGCUAAAUAUCGAGAAAUCAAGGAUAAUAUCAAUGAAGGAUUGAAGUUCUACAUUACUCUUCAGGAUGCUAUCACGAAUAUAAAGCAGCAGUGCAGUGAUUUUGUGAUGACCAGAAAUAUUCAAUGCCGGGAAAUGGUUGAUGAUGUUCAAAGGCAAAUUUCGGGCCUGAGUUUUAAGGAUAAUAAAAACUCAGGGAGCUAUAAUUACCCUCCUGGUGGGCAACAUAAUACUCCAAGAUCAACUUCUCAACCAACCGACCCUGCAAACGCCACCAAUGCUGUUCGACUCCAAUCUCCUGCUUACCAGCCUCCUCAGCAGCCAACUGUCCCCGGAUACGUUCAAAACCCUCCCCCUUACGGUGCUCCUCAACAGCCACCUCCUUAUCAUCUGCAAGCUUCUGGUCCCCCGUACCCACCUCCCCAACAACACCAACAGCAGCCUCAACCUAGCCACAAUUAUGGUCAGCCUGCUUAUCCCGGGUGGCGGGGCCCAUAUUAUAAUGCCCCUCAGCAGCAGCAGCAGCAGCAGCCAGGGUCUAUGCCUCCACCUCCAUACACCAUUCCUUCUCAAUACCCACCGCCUAGCCAGAGUGGCUACUAUAGACAACAGUGACACUUCCCUUUUCUAGUUUUGCCAUAGUGGCUACUAUAUUUAUAGUUCUCGGAAUAUUGGUUGGGUGAAGAUAAGACUUAUUUGAUAUUUGAGAAUAGUAGCUGUCCAUUGAUUUGCAUAAUGUUGUGUGUAAAUGAGUAUUACAUAGAUGAUGCUUGAAGUACACCUGUGUACAGGGUUUUAUGCAUUAUUGAUUCUUUACGUUCUUUAAAAACCAAUAUGCAUUUCUCAAUACAGUUCUAAGUUCCUAACUUGUUA